AGGAAGUCCAGACCCGAAAGCAAAGCCAGAAGAGCCAGCACAGCCACAGCAGACGGAAGCAGGCGCGGCUCAAUUUGGCGUUGGCGCUUAACCCAAAACUUGAAAAAGCAAGCAGCGCCAUAAAUUUGCUCACCAAAAGCCCUGCGCCUUCCGCCUGCCAAAUGUCGCAACAAAUCUGAAUGCAGCCCUUUCGCCCCUUCUCCCCCUCCUCUAUUUAGGGUUCACUAUGGGAGAAUUGCUGCCCACACCUUGCUCUGCUGCGGCGCCUCCUCAGUCAGGGAUCAAAGAAAGCAAAAGCAAAGUUGGUUCUGCAUCUAGUACAAAAAUGGUUGACAGUAAACGGAAUAAGAAGAGGGUUUCUUCCCAGACAUCUGAGGAGUCUUCUGCUCCACGUAAAAUGCCAAGGCGAGCAGCUGCUUGUUUAAAUUUCAAGGAGACGUCUAUUCGCAUAAACAAAAAAGACUCGAUAGUGGAAACAAAAAAAGAAGGGGUGGUUGUGGAAGAAAUUGUGGCUGUUCGUCUGACUGCUGGGAAAGAGGAUGUUCGUCCAUGCAGACGGCUUACAGAUUUUUCGUUACACAAUUCAGAUGGUGUUUUACAGCCAUUUGAAAUGUUGGAAGCUGACAAUAUCUUUAUUUCUGGUCUUAUCCUACCUCUUGAGGAAACUGCUGACAAAGAGAAAGGAAAGGGGGUUAAGUGUGAAGGAUUUGGACGUGUUGAGGAAUGGGCUAUAUCUGGUUAUGAAGAUGGGUCGCCUGUAAUAUGGAUUUCUACAGAGAUAGCUGAUUAUGAUUGUCUUAAACCUUCUGGAACCUACAAGAAAUUCUACGACCAUUUUUAUGCAAAAGCUACUGCUUGUGUUGAGGUUUACAAGAUCUUGUCAAAACCUUCUGGAAGCAGUCUAAGCCUUGAUGAGUUGCUCGCUGGGAUUGUGCGUUCAAUGAGCGGGAUGAAGUGCUUCUCUAGUGGUCUAUCUAUCCGGGAUUUCAUUAUUUCUCAGGGUGAGUUUAUCUACACCCAACUUAUAGGUUUGGAUGAGACUUCAAAGACAGAUCAGCUAUUUGUUGACCUCCCCGUUCUAGCUGCUCUCAAAGACGAAUGCCAAAAUUUAUCAAACCUUGCCCAAGCUCAAUCUGGUUCACAUCAGGGGAAGUUGACGAUAGACCCAAAAUGCAAGGAUGAAAAAGGUAAAAAUGUACCCGUUGCAUCUCACUCAACUGAAGAAGAUGAAGAUUCGAAGAUGGCAAGGGUGCUGCAGGAAGAAGAGCGAUGGCGUUCUAUGAAGCGGAAGAAAGGUCGGGGUACUACCACCUCAUCAAGCAAAUACUACAUUAAAAUAAAUGAGGAUGAAAUAGCCAAUGACUAUCCCCUACCUGCUUAUUACAAGACGUCAAAUGAAGAAACAGACGAAUAUAUAAUCUUUGACAGUGACAUGGAUGUUCAGCAUGUUGAAGAGCUGCCGCGAAGCAUGCUUCAUGAUUGGGCUUUGUACAAUUCUGAUUCUAGACUGGUUCCAUUGGAACUCCUUCCUUUAAAACCUUGUGAUGAAAUUGAUGUGACCAUAUUUGGGUCGGGUAUAAUGACAGCAGAUGAUGGUUCUGGGUACAAUUUUGAUGAUGAUUCUACUGCUACGAGUGGUUCUGCGUCCAAUCCAAUUGAAGGGAUACCAGUUUUCUUGAGUGCAGUUAAAGAAUGGGUGAUUGAAUUUGGAUCUUCUAUGAUUUCCAUUUCAAUACGAACUGAUAUGUCCUGGUAUAGGCUUGGGAAACCUUCAAAGCAAUAUGCUCCUUGGUAUGAUCAAGUUCUGAAAAUAGCCCGACUUGCUAUAAGUAUCAUUACAUUGUUGAAGGAUCAAACCAGGGUGGCUAGACUUUCUUUCCCAGAUGUUAUUAAGAGAAUUUCGGAUCUUCCUAAAGACCACUCUGGGUUUGUAUCAUCUAACCCUCAGGUAGUGGAGAGAUAUGUGGUUGUACAUGGUCAGAUUAUCCUGCAGCAAUUCUCAGAGUAUCCUGAUGACAGUAUAAAGAAGUCUGCUUUUGUGACUGGGCUUGCCCAAAAAAUGGAGCAGAGGCACCACACUAAAUGGCUUGUGAAGAAAAAGAAGCUUUUGCAGAGAAAUGAACAAAAUUUCAAUCCCAGAGCUGCUAUUGCACCUGUUGCAUCCAAAAGGAAGGCUAUGCAGGCAACUACGACAAGGCUAAUCAACAAAAUUUGGGGUGGGUACUACUCAAAUUAUUCACCUGAGGAAUCAAAUGCAGAAAGCCUAACUGAAGUUAAAGAGGUUGAAGAGAUUGAAGAGCAAGAGGAAAAUGAAGAGGAUGAUGUUGUGGAAGAGAAAUUGGAUGUAUCAGAGAAAACUAAGAUGCCAAGCUCCAAUGCAAAGAAAGCCAACCUAUCCUCACGCUCAAAGGGAGUAAAGUGGGACGGAAAAUCCGUUGGUAAAUUGCCUACUGGUGAGGUUUUAUAUAAGAAGGCAAUAGUCCACGGAGGAGAAGUUGCUGUUGGGGGUGCUGUUCUGCUGGAAGAUGAUGAGUCAAAUGAUUCUCCAUCUAUCUGUUAUGUUGAAUAUAUGUUUGAAAAGACAGAUGGAAGUAAAAUAGUUCAUGGAAGAAUAAUGCAACGAGGCUCUGAAACUGUGCUUGGGAAUGCAGCAAAUGAGAGAGAGCUUUUCUUAACUAAUGACUGCAUGACUUUCCAGCUUGAAGAAGUCCUACAGUCUGUGCAUGUAGACAUCAGAUCAGUUUGUUGGGGCCACGAACACAGGAAAGCAAAUGCAAUUGCUGAAAAGAAUGAUAGAGCUAGAGCUGAGGAAAGGAAGAGCAAAGGUUUGCCAAUGGAAUAUUACUGCAAAUCUCUGUAUUGGCCCGAGAGAGGUGCCUUCUUUGCUCUUCUUUAUGAUUCUAUGGGCCUAGGAUCUGGCAGGUGUAAUGGAUGCAAGUCAAAUGAAGCUGACAUUGAGAAGGAAAGUUUUGAACUGGAUGACUCAAUGACCAGUUUUAAAUACCAAGGAAUACAAUAUUCUAUUGAUGACUGUGUUUAUGUGAGUCCUUACCACUUUUCUUCGGAAAGAGAAGCUGAAAUCUUCAAGGGUGGGAGAAAUGUGGGACUGAAAUCAUAUGUCAUAUGCCAAUUGCUUGAAAUUUGUGAGUGCAAGCAGUCUAAACGUGAAGAUGCCAGUGCUGUUCGUGUAAGAGUCAGAAGGUUUUUCAAACCAGAAGACAUAUCAUUGGAGAAAGCUUAUUCUUCUGAUAUUCGAGAGGUGUAUUACAGUGAGGAAACACAUACAGUGCCAGUUGAUUCAAUUGAAGGAAAAUGUGGGAUCAGGAAAAGGAAGGAUCUAGGCCCUCAAGAUGUCCCUUUCACUUUUGACCAUGCUUUCUUCUGUGAGAAUCUCUAUGAUCCUCGUACGGGAUCAGUGAAGCAGUUACCUUCUCACAUUAAAUUACGAUAUUCAACGGAUCAACUAAAUGAUGAUUCUGCUUCUCGGAAGAAAAAAGGUAAAGGUAAAAUGGAUCCAGAACCUGAGAAAGAGAAAGAUGCAUCUCAGGGGAACCGCUUGUCUACUUUAGAUAUAUUUGCUGGCUGUGGUGGCUUGUCUGAAGGACUACAGCAAUCAGGUGUCUCUUUGACAAAAUGGGCUAUUGAAUAUGAUGCUGCUGCUGGAGAUGCAUUCAAACUCAAUCACCCUGAAGCUACGGUAUUUGUGAACAACUGCAAUGUCAUUCUGAGAGCGGUCAUGCAAAAAUGUGGAGAUGCAGAUGAGUGCAUCUCAACCCCUGAGGCUGCUGACUUGGCUGCAUUGCUAGACCAGGCAGAAAUUGACAACCUUCCUUUGCCGGGACAAGUUGAUUUCAUCAAUGGGGGACCGCCAUGUCAGGGUUUCUCCGGGAUGAAUAGGUUCAAUCAAAGCACCUGGAGUAAGGUUCAGUGUGAGAUGAUCUUAGCUUUUCUGUCCUUUGCUGACUACUAUCGACCGAGGUUUUUCCUUCUCGAGAAUGUGAGAAAUUUUGUGUCCUUCAACCAAGGACAGACUUUUCGCCUAGCUUUAGCAUCACUUCUCGAGAUGGGAUAUCAGGUGAGAUGUGGCAUUCUUGAAGCUGGUGCAUAUGGAGUUCCUCAGUCAAGGAAGAGAGCUUUCAUAUGGGCCGCUUCUCCUGAAGAGCAGCUUCCAGAGUGGCCUGAGCCGAUGCAUGUCUUUGCAGCACCACAGUUGAAAAUCUCUAUGUCGAAAAAUUUGAAUUACGCAGCUGCUAGGAGCACUACAAGAGGAGCUCCAUUUCGCCCUCUUACAGUUAGAGAUACAAUUGGAGAUCUUCCACCCGUGCUUAAUGGCGCUUCUAACCAAACCUUGGAGUAUCAGAGCGACCCCAUGUCUUGGUUCCAGAAGAAAAUUCGAGCUGGGAUGACUGUACUGCACGAUCACAUAGCUAAAGAAAUGAAUGAACUUAAUCUGAUAAGAUGCCAGAAGAUCCCAAGGCGUCCUGGGGCCGAUUGGCGUGAUCUGCCAGAUGAAAAGGUGAAGCUGUCGAAUGGCCAAAUGGCUGAUCUGAUCCCGUGGUGCUUGCCAAACACUGCCAAGAGGCACAAUCAGUGGAAGGGGCUUUUUGGGAGGUUGGAUUGGGAGGGAAAUUUCCCAACUUCAAUAACAGACCCCCAACCUAUGGGUAAAGUUGGGAUGUGCUUCCAUCCCGAACAAGACAGGAUUGUGACUGUUCGCGAAUGUGCGCGUUCUCAAGGGUUCCCGGACAACUACAAGUUUUGUGGGACAGUUCUGGACAAGCAUCGGCAGAUUGGAAAUGCGGUUCCUCCUCCUCUUGCAUAUGCACUGGGACGAAAACUGAAGGAAGCUGUUGAGAAAAAGAAGCCAUGAGAGAGAGAGAGACAGAGGUUCUUGGCAUUGGUAUUGUGUAAGUAUUACUAAAACUCAAAGGUUCUUUUCCCUCCUUGACUGAAUGCCAGUCAAGUUCUUGGGUAGUAUUGUUGGUAUUAAUAUUAUUGAUAGGGAGACUUAGAGAGAGAGAGAGAGACUCUUUGUCUGAUUCAACUGAAGGCCAUUAAAACUAUGUUGUGUUGUGUUGUGCUGUGCUGUUUGGGAGAGAGAUGAUUUAAUUAUGAAUGAUGACAGGCAGAUUAGAUGGAAUGAAUGAUGUCAAAAGAGGCAUAUGAUAUUGAUA